AUGCGUAAAGACUCCUGUAUGCGCUCAAAAUCUGAACUUGAUUUAUUUUCUGUUCCACCGACUCAAGUGGUAAUGGAAAAGAGAUAUUGGGAAGAUGCUGAUCCCAUUACAAGUAUAUCUUCAUCAGUUACGGUAGAAUUUUUAUGUGCUGCAAUUUCUGGAGAUUAUACUGACUUAGCAAGCAGUUAUCUACACGUUAAAGCAAAGAUCACUACCGCAGUCGGAGAAAAUGUGGGUGUAGACAUUCAAGUAGGACCUUCCAACCUUUGGAUGCAUGCAUUGUUCUCACAAUGUGAAGUACUUCUCAACAACAAACUGGUCACCCCCAUCAAGCAAAGCCUUCCCUUACCGAGCGUAUAUCGAAACGAACAUGUACUUUAA